GCUCCUUCCUCUCCUCUCUUUCUCUCUCUUUGGAGGAGGCCUCCCCGCUUCUCUCUCUUCAAAUAAAUCCUCCCCCGCCCUCUCUCGCUCGAUAUAUCCAUUACUAUCGGAGACGACGCAAGAGUCGAAGAAUAAAUAGGAGAAGCGAUCGAUCGAUCGGUUGAGGGGAGAUGUGCGGCAUCUUCGCGUAUUUGAACUAUAAUGUUACGAGGGAGAGGAGGUACAUCUUCGACGUUCUCUUCAAAGGCCUGAGGCGGCUCGAGUACAGGGGCUACGACUCCGCCGGUAUCGCGAUCGACUCCGAUCGUGACUGGCCUCCGGCACCGGCGGCGGGGGGAGAGAAUGGAGGGAAGGAGGCCGGGAGGCCGCCCUACGAUUCGCCGUCGCCCCUUAUUUUCCGGCAGGAAGGGAAGAUCGAAUCUCUCGUCGGAUCCGUGUAUGCAGAGGUGGAUGCAAUGGACCUAAAUUUGGAGAAGUCUUUUCCUGUUCAUGCUGGAAUUGCACACACACGAUGGGCUACUCAUGGUGCACCUUCUCCAAGAAAUAGUCAUCCACAAUCAUCAGGUCCAUGGAAUGAGUUUGUUGUUGUUCAUAAUGGUAUUAUAACUAAUUAUGAGGUUCUAAAGGAGACAUUAAUUAGACAUGGGUUUACAUUUGAAUCAGAAACUGACACAGAGGUUAUUCCAAAGCUUGCUAAGUUUGUAUUUGAUAAGGCUCGUGAUGAAGGAGGUGAACAGACUGUCACUUUUACUCAAGUUGUUACAGAAGUAAUGAGGCAGCUUGAAGGAGCAUAUGCACUUAUAUUUAAAAGUCCACACUAUCCAAAUGAGCUAAUUGCCUGCAAGCGUGGUAGCACAUUGAUCCUGGGUGUCAAAGAACUAGCUGAUGCAAAUUGUGGAACAUUAUUUCAUGACGAUAAAACCCUCACAACAAAUGGGAAGCCAAAAGAAUUUUUCUUUUCCAGUGAUUUAUGUGCUAUUGUGGAACAUACUAAAAACUAUUUGGCUAUUGAAGAUGAUGAAGUUGUCCACAUCAAGGAUGGUUGUGUAUCAAUCCUCAAGUUUGACUAUGGAAAAGAGAAGCCAGCAUCAGUGCAACGUGCAUUAUCUGUUCUUGAGAUGGAGGUUGAGCAAAUAAAGAAGGGAAACUAUGAUCACUUCAUGCAGAAAGAAAUUCAUGAACAACCACAUUCUUUAACUACAACAAUGAGGGGAAGGCUCAGAGAUAAUGAUGUGGUCUUGGGUGGUCUCAAGGAUCACCUGAAAACAAUCAGGCACAGCAGAAGGAUCAUCUUCAUUGGUUGUGGUACAAGUUAUAAUGCAGCUUUAGCUGCAAGACCAUUUAUGGAAGAGCUAUCUGGUAUCCCUGUUACUUUGGAGCUUGCAAGUGACUUGCUGGACAGGCAGGGUGCGAUGUAUAGAGAAGAUACGGCAGUUUUUGUUAGUCAGUCUGGGGAAACUGCAGAUACCCUACUUGCCCUUGAAUAUGCCUUAGAAAAUGGGGCAUUGUGUGUUGGCAUAACAAAUACUGUAGGUAGUACAUUAGCCAGAAAAACACACUGCGGUGUUCACAUAAAUGCCGGAUGUGAGAUAGGUGUUGCUAGCACGAAAGCAUACACGAGUCAGAUAGUAGUUAUGGUCAUGAUGGCAUUGGCUAUUGGAGCUGACAAAAUAUCCACACAAUCUAAAAGGGAGGCUAUUAUUAAUGCUCUUCCUGACCUACCAAAUAAAGUAAGUGAGGUCCUGAAACUGGAUAAUGAAAUGAAAGAUCUGGCUGAGUCAUUAAUAGAGGCGCAAUCACUUUUUGUGUUUGGUAGAGGUUACAACUAUGCCACUGCUUUAGAGGGUGCUUUAAAAGUGAAGGAAGUAGCACUCAUGCACAGUGAAGGUAUGCUUGCGGGUGAAAUGAAACAUGGUCCGUUGGCACUAGUGGAUGAGACUCUCCCCAUCAUUGUUAUUGCCACACAUGAUGCUUGUUUCAGUAAACAGCAAUCAGUAAUUCAGCAGCUUCACGCACGUAAUGGUCGCUUGAUUGUUAUGUGCUCAAAGGGAGAUGCAUCCUCUGUAUGUCCUAGUGGAUCUUGCAGAGUUAUUGAGGUCCCUCAGGUUGCAGAUUGCCUUCAACCAGUAAUUAAUAUAGUUCCUUUGCAGUUAAAUUGGAGGUGAAUGGCUUCUCCGACAGGAAGUGUAUGAGUUUGCUCAUUUAUUUCUGCUCUUCGUCUGCAGCUGCUAGCAUAUCAUCUAACAGUUCUACGAGGCUAUGACGUGGACCAACCAAGGAAUCUUGCAAAGAGUGUGACGACACAAUGAAACAAGCCUGAUUCUUUGUGCAAAUUCUUUUGAGUCAGAGGAGACUUGAUCAUAGUCGGGAUUUCAAUUCUUUGUAGUUCACCGUGUAGUCUGUUUCCCCAAUAUGUUAAUAUUAUGUAGUAACAUACUGGGAUGCAUAAAAUCAAUUCCCUGGGUGUAUAAGUUAUCACUUCCGUUACUAACUUCUGGAGUGCAAAUUGGAUUUUAGUGAAAAAGAUGCAUUGAUGUUGGCGAUUCAGCGGAGAGAGAA